AUGCAGCUCUUGCUUCUUUCUGCCCUGUUCUUGCGCGCUGGCUGCCUGCGCGACGCUCGCGAGCAGCACCCAGGAGCAGGAGUCGCGAUGGCCAAUGCGGCCACCCGCGCGGGAUCUCGGUUGGCAAAGCCACGGUUAGUGAGGCAUGCUGCGCGGAGGUUAAGCAACAUUGAAAUGGUACUGCACAAGACUUACGGGCCUGGAAGCCGCACAUCUUAUAAGCAAAUGCUCAAGAACCGGCUGCUGGAAGACGUCAAAAACGGCACUCCUCUGGACCACUUGUUCAAAGGCGGGAUCCCCGACUUCUUGCUGGCCGAUGUCAAGAAGGCGUUGGAGUGGUCCUACCAGCACAGCCGGCACUACAAGGUCCUGCCGAAGAACCGGUUGCUGGAGUACCAGGCCCGGAAUGCCCGAGUCCUGGCACGCGGGGGUGGGCUUCUGCUGACCGGUGUCGGGGCCGUCGGGGCCGGAGCCGGGGCUACGCUUGGUGGUGCCAUGCAUGGCUUCGGCAUGCAGGGGUCCUGGGAUGUCCUGGAAGAGAACGGAGAGGACGGCGUGGACGGCAGGCUGGCAGAUUCCACUCGACUUGAGCAGCCGCUGCAGGAGCAGCUUGACGAGCUUCUUGGCCGGGCCACGCCGGAGACGGAGCCAGAGGUCCGGAAGGUCGCGGAAGGCUUAGCGCAGGCCCCCAGUACGCAGGGCUCUCAUCAGCUCGCGAGCCUCACCGGUGUACCUCGGGACGCGCUGUUGUCGAAGGUCUUCCAAGCCACCAUGCGGGCCGUUCCCGGAAUCGACCGGAAGCUGCUGACGCAGCGGGCCGCUGAAAUCCAAGCAGGCAAUUACGAACCCCAGGCCGUCGACGACCUGCUUCAGGAAGCUGUGCUGUUAUCCUCCCUGACCACUGAGGAGCAGGAGGUUCUUGGAGCUAGUGAGGGCCCGGCCACCAUAGAGCAACAGGACAUGGACAUGAUGGAGGAGCUCGAGUAG